CCGAACCAACAAAGAAUCUGGGAGGUAUCAGCAGGGUGCUGCACAGCCCCUGGAGCGGCCCCCAAAUCGUCAAGGGUCUGCGUUACAGGGAUGAUAAUCUUGCUAUUCGUUUUGCCGCGGGCGAUUUUGGUCCACUGUCGGCCACGAUAUCCGGCGGAGCAAGGCUUGUUGCACCUUAAGUUGAUUAAGCUGUUGCCUGUGUGUUCCGUCCGUGGAAAACCCCAGGGGUCAUCUGCGCUAAUUUGCCGUCGUCGCUGUUCUACAAGAACUUCAACUCAAGAUUCUCUGAACGUUUCUAAAUGGGAAGCUUAGUUGGUUAUAGCCAAAAUAUUGCAUGUCAUUCAAUCCAACACGAUAUCACCUUCGUUUC